AUGCGCACACGAAGGCAAACGCAAAUAACACACGGCUUGCAUCCAUUUCUUUUGUUGAGAAAUUGGCUUCUUUGUAUUAUAGUUGUUUAUUCUCUUUUUCUUUUUCUUUUUCAUGAAAAGAUGUAUUUUCUUUCUUUUUUCAUUCUUACUUUUAUGUUCGUUUUUUAUUCGAUUAUUCUUUUAUCGUUUCAUUCUCUUGCAUCUGUGUUUUCUUUUUAUUUUAUUCACUUCAUUUGUUUCAUUAAUUUAGGUCGCAUUUUAUUCUUAUCUUCUUUGUUAAUUCUUUCCUUUCACUACUGUUUACAUAAUUUCCUUCUCUCUCCAUUUCCUACCUCUCGUAUUUAUUUUUGUCUGUCUUUCUACAUCUUUUUCUAUCUUUCUUUCUUUUUUCUUCUUUUGACACGUAUUCUUACCUUCUUUACUCUGUCUUUCUUUUCACUCUACAUUAUUUCCUUCUCUCUCCAAUUCCAACCAAUCUUAUCCUCACCUUCUUUCUUUCUUUCUUUCUUUCUUUCUUUCUUUCUUCGUUUCUUUCUUUCUUUCUUUCACUUUACAUUAUUUCCUUCUCUCUCUACUUCCUACCACUCGUAUUUAUUUUUGUCUUUCUUUCUAUAUUACUUUAAAUCUUUCUCUUUUUUCGACAGUUAUGCUCACCUUCUUUCUUUCUUUCUUUCUUUCUUUCUUUCUUUCUUUCUUUCUUUCACUUUACAUUAUUUCCUUCUCUCUCCACUUCCUACCACUCUAAUCCUUAACUUCUUUAUUCUUUCUUUUUCUUUCUUUCUUUCUUUCUUUCUUUCUUUCUUUCUUUCACUUUUACAUUAUUUCUUCUCUCUCCUUCCUACCACUCGUAUUUAUUUUUGUCUUUCUUUCUAUAUUACUUUAAAUCUUUCUUUUUUUCGACAGUUAUCCUUAACUUCUUUAUUCUUUCUUUCUUUCUUUCUUUCUUUCUUUCUUUCUUUCUUUCUUUCACUUUACGUUAUUUCCUUCUCUCUCCACUUCCUACCACUCGUAUUUAUUUCUGUCUUUCUUUCUAUAUUAUUUAAAUCUAUCUUUUUUUCGACAGUAAUCCUUACCUUUUUCUUUCUUUCUUUCUUUCUUUCUUUCUUCCUUUCUUUCGUUCUUUCUUUCUUUCUUUCUUUCUUUCUUUUCACUUUAUAUUAUUUCCUUCUCUCUCCACUUCCUACCACUCUAAUCCUUACCUUCUUUCUUUCUUUCUUUCUUUCUUUCUUUCUUUCGCUUUACAUUAUUUUCUUCUCUCUCCACUUCCUACCACUCGUAUUUAUUUUUGUCUUUCUUUCUAUAUUAUUUAAAUCUAUCUUUUUUUUCGACAGUAAUCCUUACCUUCUUUCUUUCUUUCUUUCUUUCUUUCUUUCUUUCUUUCACUUUAUAUUAUUUCCUUCUCUCUCCACUUCCUACCACCCUUUAUUUUUUAAUCCUUACCUUCUUUCUUUCUUUCUUUCUUUCUUUCUUUCUUUCUUUCUUUCUUUCUUUCUUUCACUUUAUAUUAUUUCCUUCUCUCUCCACUUCCUACCACUCGUAUUUAUUUUUGUCUUUCUUUCUAUAUUAUUUAAAUCUAUCUUUUUUUCGACAGUAAUCCUUACCUUCUUUCUUUCUUUCUUUCUUUCUAUCACUUUAUAUUAUUUCCUUCUCUCUCCACUUCCUACCACUCGUAUUUAUUUUUGUCUUUCUUUCUAUAUUACUUUAAAUCUUUCUUUUUUUCGACAGUUAUCCUUACCUUCUUUAUUCUUUCUUUCUUUCUUUCUUUCUUUCUUUCUUUCUUUCUUUCAUUCUUUCUUUCUUUCUUUCUUUCACUUUAUAUUAUUUCCUUCUCUCUCCACUUCCUACCACUCGUAUUUAUUUUUAUCUUUCUUUCUAUAUUACUUUAAAUCUUUCUUUUUUCGACAGUUAUCCCUACCUUCUUUAUACUUUCUUUCUUUCUUUCUUUCUUUCUUUCUUUCUUUCACUUUAUAUUAUUUCCUUCUCUCUCCACUUUCUACCACUCUAAUCCUUAACUUCUUCAUUCUUUCUUUCUUUCUUUCUUUCUUUCUUUCUUUCUUUCUUUCUUUCGCUUUACAUUAUUUUCUUCUCUCUCCACUUCAUACCACUCUAAUCCUUAACUUCUUUAUUCUUUCUUUCUUUCUUUCUUUCUUUCUUUCUUUCUUUCUUUCUUUCUUUCUAUCACUUUAUAUUAUUUCCUUCUCUCUCCACUUCCUACCACUCGUAUUUAUUUUUGUCUUUCUUUCUCUAUUAUUUAAAUCUUUCUUUUUUUCGACAGUAAUCCUUAACUUCUUUAUUCUUUCUUUCUUUCUUUCUUUCUUUCUUUCUUUCUUUCUUUCUUUCGCUUUACAUUAUUUUCUUCUCUCUCCACUUCCUACCACUCUAAUCCUUAACUUCUUUAUACUUUCUUUCUUUUUUCUUUCUUUCUUUCUUUCUUUCUUUCUUUCUUUCUUUCUUUCUUUCUUUCGCUUUAUAUUAUUUUCUUCUCUCUCCACUUCCUACCACUGUAAUCCUUACCUUCUUUUCUUUCUUUCUUUCUUUCUUUCUUUUUUUUCUUUCUUUCUUUCACUUUAUAUUAUUUCCUUCUCUCCACUUCCUACCACUCGUAUUUAUUUUUUCUUUCUUUCUAUAUUACUUUUUAAAUCUUUCUUUUUUUCGACCGUUAUCUUUUCUUUAUACUUUCUUUCUUUUUCUUUCUUUCACUUUACAUUAUUUCCUUCUUUCUCCACUUCCUACCACUCGUAUUUAUUUUUGUCUUUCUUUCUCUAUUAUUUAAAUCUUUCUUUUUUUCGACACUAA